CACGGGGUCCACGGAGCUGGAAGCAGGGAGCCCCGCCCGCUUUCGCACAGUGGUGACAGUCAGUAGAACCCAGAAAAGUUAAAGAACGAAAAUAUAUAUUAAGUGCGGGAUAUUGUGUGUAUAUUUGUACAACUUUUUUUUUUUCUGUGCUCCCCGUCCCUCUCGAUGAAAACAAUAAUUCAAUAACUCUCAUUCCAAUCAAUUGGUGCGUAUGUUGAAAAUUGUCAAAAAAAAAAAAAAAUACUCCCAAUAGACGUGAAUAUCAGUUUUUUUUUUUUUUCAUUGCGAUCGGACGCAGCCGGCACUGUAAAAAAAAAGUGUUCGGUCCAUUGUCACAGUGCGCGUCAAUUGUUUAAAAAAUUUAUAAUAGAGAGAGAGAAAAAAAAACGCAAUUGUCGAAAAGUGUUUCUGUGUAGUGUUUGUGAUUGAAAGAAGAAGUGAGAUAAAAAAACAAAAAAAAAAAGGAACGAUUAAAUCUUUAGGUGGUGACCGUUAUUGGCGCAGGAGGGGCGGCUUUCAGGGAUUUCAAACGAACGUGGCGUAGCUCCUUCAAGGAGCCCCAGGACUGGCAACGGUUUCGUUGGGAGAUAUCGAAACUGGCGGUGUUGCGUGGAUCAGAAGGGACAGAGGUCAGGUAUUGGGACAGAAUAAGGAUCGUGAGUCCUGGGGGAGAAAAAAGGGAAAAAGAAGUGAAUAUUGUUGGAGAACGUUGUUGGAAAACUGGCACCGUAAUAGUGAAUUUUGAAAAUAAAUCCGAUCAUCCACAACCCCCUGCUUUAAUCAACUUUAUUGAGCAAGGAAUUUUCUUUAUUUCUAAAAACUCGUAGCAAUAUAUAAAUAUAUAUAUUCAUUUAUAGAUAUAUAUAUAUAUUUACAAAAAUCGAGUGAUUUAUUUACACGUGACUAGAAAAAAAGCACGUGCGUCAUGAACGAAUUAGACAGUCUUCGCCAGGAGGCGGAAACUCUAAAAAAUGCCAUUAGGGAUGCAAGAAAAGCAGCAUGCGACACAGCAUUGGUUCAAGCCACUUCAGGCAUGGAACCAAUUGGUCGAAUACAAAUGCGCACGAGACGAACACUUCGUGGCCAUUUGGCAAAAAUAUAUGCCAUGCAUUGGGGCAGUGACUCCAGAAAUUUGGUGAGCGCUUCACAAGAUGGAAAAUUAAUUGUAUGGGAUAGUUAUACCACCAAUAAAGUUCAUGCGAUCCCACUUCGUUCCUCGUGGGUAAUGACUUGUGCUUAUGCACCAUCUGGAAGUUAUGUUGCUUGCGGUGGAUUGGACAAUAUUUGUUCCAUUUAUAGUCUCAAAACAAGAGAGGGAAAUGUUCGCGUUAGCAGAGAAUUGCCAGGACAUACUGGUUAUUUAUCAUGUUGUCGAUUUCUCGAUGACAAUCAAAUUGUCACCAGUUCCGGUGAUAUGUCCUGUGCAUUGUGGGACAUUGAAACUGGACAGCAAUGUACUUCGUUCAUUGGUCACACGGGAGAUGUAAUGUCUCUUUCGCUUGCACCUGACAUGCGCACCUUCGUUUCCGGUGCUUGUGACGCGAGUGCAAAAUUAUGGGACAUUCGUGAGGGCUCUUGCAAACAAACUUUCCCGGGACAUGAAAGUGACAUUAACGCUGUCACGUUCUUCCCCAAUGGUUAUGCUUUCGCGACGGGUUCAGAUGACGCGACAUGUAGAUUAUUCGAUAUUCGAGCAGAUCAAGAAUUAGCCAUGUAUAGUCACGAUAAUAUCAUUUGUGGAAUCACAAGCGUAGCUUUUAGCAAAAGUGGAAGAUUGCUUUUGGCCGGUUAUGAUGAUUUCAAUUGCAAUGUUUGGGAUUCAAUGAAAACCGAACGAGCGGGAAUUUUGGCGGGACACGAUAAUCGAGUUUCUUGUUUGGGUGUAACGGAAGAUGGAAUGGCAGUAGCGACAGGAUCCUGGGACUCGUUCCUUCGUAUUUGGAACUAAAACUUUGGAUCUUAAAUUUUUUGCCAUAUACAAAGAAAAAAAAAAAAAAUGGGGAAAAAAAUCCUGCACUUCAAUCUACCAUCAGCUAACGAUGAGCGCGAUGAUUAACGAGAAAAAAAAGCAACAACAACAAUCUGGUUUAACGAUCCACUAAAUAAAUCAAAUUCCAAGAAAAAAAGAAUUUAUCAAUUCCUCGAUCCUGUGACAAAAAAAAAAAAUUAAGAAGCAAAUAGGAUAAUAAUUACAAAAAAAAAAGUGGCGUAUACCAAAAAAAAAAAAAUUGACAAAAGAAAAGAAAUAAUCGAGGAAAUUGAAGAAGCGAGGGAAGGUAAAAAAUGAAAAAAAAAUUAGAAUAUCAAAGUGUGAAAAUGACAUUUAAAGGAAACAGAAGCCAAAAUCAUCAUCAUAAUCAUCAUUUUUCUUCCUCUUCAUUUUCUCCCUUUUCUGAUAUUGAAUUUUUUUUUUUUUUUUUUUCUUUUUUUUGAAAACAUGCAAAACAGUUCCAAAUAAAAAAUAAAAGAAAACGACGAGGAAGAAAAAUCGGCUCAUUUGACGCAAAAAUAAAUCUAAAAAAAAGAAUCUCCGUAGAUCGAUUUAGGUUUUUUCUACUGACUCGAAAGCAGAGUCGCACUAUUGCGAACGAAAACGAUCACUCGCACGCACCAAAUCACAAUUAAAAAAAAAAAAAAUAAAGAAACAAACAAAAAUAAGAAGCACAAGGCUGGAGAGUUAAAUAAAUGGUAUACGAAAGCAGCAGCGUGAGGAAAAAAAAAAAAGGUGGAUUAGAAAAAUAAAAGAAAAUAAAUUGAUUAGGGAAAAGAAAUGCAAAAAAAAACAAAGCGCACCUUUUGUCAUUACAUGAAAUAAAAAAAUGUAUAGUAUACAUUAAAAAAGGAAACAAAAAAAAAAGUGGCGAUUAUUCCUUAAAUUUCCAAUAUUCGGUGUUUCGUCAAAAAAAAACAAAAAAACAAAAAAGAAUCAGAGGAGGAAGAGGGAGCAUAAAAAUUCAUAGCACAAAAUCUCUCAUUUUUCUCUGAAUCGGAAAAUAAUGCCAAAACUUGCACACACGCACUGCGUUAAAAAAAAAUAAA